AUGCCUUCGCAAGCGCCCUCGAGGCGUCAUCCAUUUCGGCUCGGGGGCAUAGUAGACAGGACGAAAGACUUUGAACAUGUGCCUGAUCUCGAAGACCGUCGUAACCAGGUCUACGAAAUUAUAAAUGAAGCCUCCUUCCAGAAAUACGUUGUGUUCGUUGCAGCAGCAGGCUUCAUCACCGACGCUUACGACAUCUUUGCCGUCAACACAGUCCUUCCUAUGGUGUCCUUGGUCUACUGGGAUUCAGAAUUUAUGCCCAAAGGCACUUAUACCGCCAUGCUUUGCGCGACUCUGGCAGGAAGCAUGAUUGGACAAGUCAUCUUCGGAGUUCUGGGUGAUCUCUUCGGCCGCAAGAAGAUGUACGGGCUGCUCCUUGUGAUAGUUUUAUGGGCGACCUUGGGCCUCGCCGCUUCAGCAGACGGAUCAUACCAGAGCAUGAGCAUCGCCGCGUGGAUGUUCAUCUGGCGUUUUCUCAUGGGUAUCGGCAUUGGGGGAGACUAUCCUCUCAGUGCUGCCAUCACCAGCGAAUUCGCACCGCAAAAACAUCGUUCUUCGAUGUUGGCAACGCUGUUCUUCAUGCAACCUCUUGGUCAAUUCGUGGCUACCCUCGUGGCUUUGGUUGUGACCUAUCUCUUUCGGCACCAGAUGAAGAGUGUGCAAAAAUGCCAGACCUUGGACGUGGAAUGCUACAGAGCUGUUGAUCGGACUUGGAGGAUUAUUGUUGGAAUUGGAGGUAUACCUGCUCUGGUAGCAAUGGUAAUUCGGCUGCAGAUACCCGAAAGCCCUCGGUAUACGCUGGACGUGCUUUUGGAAGGGGAGAAGGCCCUUAAGGACACGGAAGGCUAUUUCUUCGUCCCCGUGUCCACAACUGUGUCCCAAGAAGAGCAUGAAUGGGGCUCAGAUGAUGGUCUUGCACAUUCCACUCAACUCUCUUCCGAACCUAAACCACUCACAACUAGUAUGCAACAGACAAACGGCGACGUAGAUUCAAAUGAGAUAACGAUUACUCGUACAAACAUGGAUUCAAGACACCGAAGUGUCUCACCGAUCCCUAGAAGUCCACAGAUUCCCCGUAGGCCGACUCAAAUUCACUACCAUGAAACCACUUACAAUCCACCGCCAGUUAGAUCCAUUCGCGGUAACUUUCAGUCCGGAGCACCCCCGUUCACAAUGAAGGAAUGGUGGUCUGGGUUCAAGAAAUACAUGUUCAAAGAGGGCAAUUGGAUUCAUCUCGCUGGUACUAUGACUUCAUGGUUCCUCCUGGAUGUAUCUUUCUACGGCCUCGGAAUGAGCUCACCCAAGGUGAUCCAAAAACUCUGGGAUGGCUUGAACGCCGAUAGCCCGAAUACGCGUACUGUCUUCGAGCUACUCUACGAAAAUUCAUGGCACUCGUCCAUCGUCGUAUCCCUCGGGGCGCUUCUGGGCGGCAUCGCAAUGAUCUACGUAAUCCAACACAGCAGACCCGUAAUAGUGCAAAGUCUGUUCUUCGCUGUCCUAGGGAUCAUCCUCUUUGUGGCUGGCGGUACCUUCAAGCCGUUCCUCAGCUCCGCGAGUUCAGGGGAUCAUUGGGCCCUUGUCAUCUUCUACUUCUUUUGCAACUUCUUCUUCAAUCUUGGCGCCAAUGCUACCACGUUCAUUAUACCAGCGGAGCAAUUUCCAACGCGGUACCGCUGCACAUGCCACGGUCUCUCAGCCGCGAGCGGAAAGUUUGGAUCAGUCGUCGUGCAGCUAGCGGUCGGACUUUCCGGUGCCACGAACCUCGGUACCACAUCACUAGGGAAUUGGCUCUUAGGGUACGCUCCUCUGAAAAUGGGCCGUGACCCUUCCUACGAGAGUACUGAUCGUCGAAAACAGGUAGCCGUGCCCGAUUCUCGAGACGCCAAAGGACAGAGCAUGUCGUUGGAGGAUCUUGCCAAGGGCGUUGAAUGUACCAAGGAAUUGAGCCCGCAGAGGUGGAAUCGCUGGCAUACGCGUCUUGGGCGUGAUGAAGGUGCUGAGCCGUGA